AUGUUUGAGCCGGCCUCGGAGGCGGCGAGGGCGACGCUGGCUCGCGAGACCGAGGCGGACCUCGUGCGCGCCUUUGCCGGCGAGAGCCGCCGGGCUCCCUCGGCGGUCGGCCGGUCUGCCCUGCUGCUUGCCGAGGACGGCGACCGCCUCGUCGGCGUGUGCGGCCUGCAGGCCCUCUCCCUCACGCCGGACGGGCGCGGUGAGCGGCUCCUCUCGAGCAUGCGGAGAGAGGAGCGGCGCUCGAUGGCGGUGAGGCCGCUCCUCUCGAACCUGGCCGUCCUCCCCGACUUCCGCAGGAAGAGGAUCGGCAGCCGACUGGUGGCGCGCGCCGAGGCGCUGGCGGCGGAGUGGGGCUUUGACGAGCUGCUCCUGCUGGUCGGCGAGGAGAACCGGCCGGCGCGCGCGCUGUACGCGGAGCUAGGAUACGCCGCGGAGGGCGUCUGCGACGGCGAGGAGUGCUGCGCCGAUCCGUGGUGGUGGCCGGGGCGGGGCGUGAGCUGGGCGCCCUGCAGGAACGUGUGCAUGCGGAGGACGGGCCUCGCCGAUGAACAAUAG